AUGCAACCCUUUAUUAUCCUCGUAGUGAAUGCUCUUAUUGCUGCUACAGCAAACGCUGAGAACCCUCUCGACCACUUGCCCACCACUUUGUCGUCUGUUUUCAAUGCUCCCCCCACUUCGGAGUCUACUGUGUCAACUUCCAAGUGCCCAUAUGAGCAAAUCUGGAAAGGUUUGAACCUUUUGCAAAGAAGUUAUGGCUAUUAUCAGGCUACUUCAAACGAGCAGCAGGACAGUUCCAACUCCGAUGUGACAAGUGCAAACUGUACUAGCACUACUACAGUCACUAGAACUCACUAUGUUCCUGAAUUUGCCGAGGGUAAUCCGUUCACUGGCUCCAACGCUUACGGUAGAGAUGCUUUUGAGAAAAAUUGGAACCAAUUUUAUGGACAGCCUACUGAAGUAGCACAGGAUGGUGUUUGCACAGCAUUUGUGUCUGUAACUGCUACACAUACCAUCCCAUCUGGCGUCCAUCACGGACAGUUUGUUCAUACUGGAUUUCUUAGUGACCUUCCCAGUGGCUUCCCAACCGAUUUCCCAACUGGUUUUCCUAGUGGAAUGCCUCCUGCAUUUCACUCUGGGUUCCCAACUGGUGUCCCCUCUGCGUUUGCUGCUCAAAUGACUGGAGGUGAGGAGUUCCAGUCUCCUGGUGGAUUGCCUAGGCCUCAAGGUGGUUUCCCUCAGCUUCCAUCUGGAUUCCCUACCGAUUACGCUGGCUUUGCUAAAAACUUUCCCGAUGAUCUUCCCACCAGCUUCCCAGCUGCUGUUCCAACUUUCGUUGUUGACUAUGUCAAUGAAUUGAAAACUGUCUUUCCUACAGGCUUGCCUACCAAUUUUGUUGAUCUAGUUAAGGAGCUACCUACUACAUUCCCUUCAGGUUUUCCCACACCAAUUGCUGAAAUUGCAUUGAACUUCCAGAGUAGAUUCGCCUCUUCAGUUCCUCCCAAUUUCCCCACCAACUUCCCACUUGUUCCCCCAAAUAGAGGGUUCGGAGGACAGUUCCCACAAGGAGGCUUAACUGGGGCUCCGACUGGCGCUCUUACUGGCGUACCUGCUGGCUCACCUAGUGAUUUGCCUUCUGGUCAGGCAAGCCCCGAUGUUUCUGGAGGUUUCCAAGGUGGUGCCGUCGGAACUCCCGAAGCUGUUUCACCUUCAGCUGGUGAUGUCACUAAUGCACCUUCAGCAGACUCGCUUCCUACUCCAAAUUAUGCUCAAUUUCUUGGAAAUUAA